UGGGAACCGAGCCCCCCCCCCCACCCCGGGGGGCGCCGGCAGACGUGGGGGCACCGUUUCCAUGGUAACGAGGAGCUAAAACAAACGCGGGCGGCCCGGGACCUUUGCGCUGGAUCUGCGCGGCUGUCUGGCUUGGCUGCUAUUAUUGAAAGAUCUCUUGACUUGGACUCGGUUCACUCCCUGACAUCGGCCCAGCCACCACGACCUGGACUGAACUGAACGACAGACAGGCCCUAAUCUCCCAACCUCUCCCUAGCCUGCAGUCGCUACCAGGGAGCAGGAUGGCAAAGCGACUGCAUGCUGCUUGAAGGGUUUCAUCUGCUUAAUGCUGCCCCAACAUGUCUGCGGAAAAUAAUCAGUCCUCAGGAGGAACAUCCCCUCUUUCCCCUCCCACAACCUCCCAGGAUUCCACGCAGACCUUAUAUUCGGAGGAAGGACAUAAAGAGGAAGAUGAGAACUCAGAGAGAGGAUAUCUAUCUCCUGAAGACAUUGAGUAUCUGGAAGACAAUGAGUAUCUGGAAGAGGAACUCGAUCCUGAGGAAGAUGAGUACCUGGAGGAAGAAACGUUUCUGAAAGAGAACACGUAUCUAUAUGAGACUCCAGCGUCUGUGAAACAGAGAAAGCAUCUACAGAAGAAAAAGCAUCUGGAAGAAAAAGAGGAUCUGUUCGAAAAGUAUCUGGAAGGCAAAUUAAAGAUUACUUCUUCAUGUCAAACCCUGCCUCAUCCUACCACAAGGAGCUCAGCGACUAGCCCCUCUAAGGGGACCACCCUCUUCUCUGUCCCGCCUUCCAUCUCUGAACUUCCCCAUGAGUCUCCAUUCGGUAACAUAACGCCUUCUACCUCGUACGUGCGGCAACAUGGAGAACUUCUGGCCUGGCAAGACCGGAGCACGCAGACAGAAUGGACCUACCAGAUGUCUGUUAUCCCUGAUUUUUCUCACGGGGAAGAAAAUGUCUUGGAUUUUGUUACCAAAGAGAACUUUUGGAACGAUUUAUUAAAUGAGCCCAUUGACUCACCGGAAGCUGAGGACAUAGAUGACAAGCUUCUCAGCAGCUCCUAUCAGGCAGUGUUUAGGACCAUGCUCAAAGAAAUGGAGGCUCGCAAAGAACAGGAAGAGGAUAUUGACAUCCCCGUGACCGGAAUUCUGGAGAGUGAAACCAGAAGGAAACUGGGAAUUCUGAUGAAGAAAAACUUUGAAAAAUACAAGACAACGAUCCUCUGGAUUAUGAAGAAACGUGAAAACUUACUCAACCGCAGAACUGCAGGAGCAGCCCCAGAUACAUCUACUUUCACAUUUCAUUUAUGGAAUCAACCACCAGCAGUCAAGGAGUCUGUGACAGAAGUCAAAAACACCCAUCAUGUUGUUCGUCAUAAGAAGAAAUUAGAAAUAGAUACAGACGUGGUACAGAGCAAGACUGAGGUGCAUCACCAUGAUGUAAAAUUAACUCUCUACCCCAGUGAGAUGGUCUUCCAAAUCCUCUUUCCUGAUGGAUCAGGCCAGAUACACUACCCGUCAGGAAACCUGGCUAUGCUCAUCCUCAGUACAAAACAGAGAGAGUUCACAUACAUCAUUCUGGAAGACAGUGAAGAAGGGUGUGUCCAGGCCCUUAUCAACAACUCUGGCCAUGCCACCUUCUAUGAUGGAAACAGAGAAAUCUGGUUGAGCCUGAGCCAAAACCUGGGCUACUACUUCCCCAAAGGCAAACACCAGAAGGCCUGGAACUGGUGGGACCUGAGCCUCCACGUCCACGCGCCCCCUUUCCAGUCCAUCUCCUUGAAAAUCAACCGGUACAUCAAGGUACAAAUAAGGAGCCAGGAUAAGAUCGCUUUCUGCUUCAGCCACCAAAAGAAGCACAUCUGCUUAAACCUGGGCACCAAGUACAAGUUCAUAACCCGGGAGGUGCUGAGUGAAAUGAAGCAGAAGGCCAUCCUGGAGGUAGAAUUUGGUUCAACAGCUCGGAAGAUGCAGGUCCUCCUAGGGAAAAUGAGUAGAAUCCUGAAUUUCCUGACCAUCCCUGAUUUGGAAAACUUCAUAGAGGCUGCCGGGAUCUUGCCAACCGACAACCUGGAGCGGAAGGAGAACUCUUACCUCCAAUAGUAGGGCAGUCACCACAUUGUGCCAGGGCCUUCUCCAGCCACCGUGGACUGUCUCGGGAGAGUUAUCAUGAGCGCCAAGGAAAACCCCAGAGCCCUAUGUAUGUCUCUUGAGAGUUGAUUUGUCAUUUGGGACUUAUCACAGCUCCUUGGUUUGAAAAAAGAAUCUGUGGCUGGGCACGGAAAAACCCUCACCUGACAGCACGAGGAGCAGGCUGCUUCGGUGGGCAAUACCCGUCAACCCCUGUCCUGCGUGCCCCACUGGUCACUUGAAUGCAGUCCUUUUGCAGCCCUCCUGUACUUGGGUUGACUCAGGACACAGACGGUCUCAAAGCGUACCUCUGCCCGUUGUUGGCUAUGCGACCUUGGGCAAGUAGCUUUAUGCCUCAGUUUCCUUGUCAGUCAAAUGGGUCUAGAUAUCCCCAGAGGUUCGCAUUAACCCUAACGUCAUCACAAACACCCCUCUCCCACCCCUGCCAAGGCAGAGGGAGACCCAGACAGCGAACCAACGUCAGAUUGCUGCAGGUCCCCUAACCCAGGAGCCAGUCGGGAGCCUGAAGGGACACACAUUCAAACCCCCUCCACUAGCUGGGACACUUCUGCUCACUGGUAACAGUCACUAAUUCAAGUAGGUAAAGCAAAAUGGGAAAUGAGUCAUCUGGACGGAAGGUGCAGUGGGUCUCAGAAAAGGAUCAGAGCAUGGGAAGCCCCCAGAAGCCAGAGGACUUCCGUUCUCAUCUCUGUGACAGUCUUCUUGUCCUGAAUGUCUAUGCACCUCACUUCAUGGGGCUCUGCCUCCCGAUCUCUCUCAAAAGCCGCCAGAGGUCUCUGAUUGGCCUGGCUUGAUCAGGAGGCCACUCUUGGUCCAGCCUCACGUGGUAGGGAGGGUGGGGUAAUGUCUUGAUGCCCGUGCACAGGGAUGGGCGGGAGUUUCUAGAAAAGGGGGACUCAGGAGCUGGGCAGCCCCCUACAGUGUGCCUCUUCUACAUCCCGGGACACGGCCACUUCCCGGGAUGACCUCCACUGCAGCCUAAACCAAGCCGGGAUAGGAAACCCCUUCCUCCCAGCCAGCCUGGCAACUGGACAUUCCCUGCCACGACAAUGACACCGGAGCCCCCCCUUCGUGGCCCUGCCCCCUUGCUGAUCUCACAUGGCCUGCCAGCAACCUUCACCGAAGUCAUCAUGGACCCGAGCCACGACAGCCCAGCAGCUGAGGCAGCACUGGAGGUGGAGGUGGGCAGUGGGGGGCGGACACAGUCACGCCCACUAUUUGCCACACCUUGCUGGCCGAGGGUACCCUCAGGUAGAACAACAGUCCCUGUGGCGCAAGGCAAUGAGCCCUAAAUGACACAGACGACCGCCAGAGCAGCCUCCCCCUCCCAAGCCCACGUCAGAGUCUCAGUGGGCCCUGUUCGGUCCGCACUUGUGCCGAGUGCCUAGAAGCCCUUUUUUCCUACCCGCCACGAGAAGCAGAAGCUUCCAAGUUGGUCUCAGCAACAAGAUCCCCCCAGGCUUGUGGCUGGCUCAGAGCCAGCGCUCAC